UGCAAUAAUUUUAGUGCAUACAUAUGCAAAUACAUAUUUUAAAAGUUUUGAAUGCUAUCUUUACGAGAUUGAAUGCACACCUUUCCCUUCACAAAGCUCUCGUAUCAAAGAGAUUCGUGGGAAGUUGUGAACGAUUCCCACAGUUCAGUAAUACCACAUAGAUUGAGGCAAAUAACGAAAGAAAAUCCCGAAUCCGGGUAAACUGGUCUCAGUUCAUGCCUGAGCGUCGGUGGUGUGAGAUUGCUGUGAGUAGUUUACUUUGGGAAAAGUGAGAUUUAUUUUGAAUUCUCCAAGAGCUUUUUGAAGAAAAAACUCAAUCUGUCAAUAAAAUUAGAUUACAUUACCCACUACCUGCCAAAGGAAGACUCGAGUACUCAGAACCUCAAACGUGAUAAGUGUCAAAGCCAGUUGAUCCCUUCGUUACUCGUCGCUCCUUAUUCACGUCAGUUGAGUGAUGGAAAACACAAGUUGAGUGUAUAAAUUCUUUUGACUUUCAACUUGAGAAAUUGCCGUUUUGAUGGGUUUGGACAUAUCCAAGUCUCUUCAAAAAUAGAACACGCAAGAUUCCCUUAAUGAAGCUUAAUCCUGCUUGAUACUGCGGAUUUAUCAAAUCCUUGGAUGACGAAAAACCAAGCGUAACGAAAUUAUUGACAGAUCCUCCAGCAGAAUUAUCAAAUAUCAGUGGUGCAUUUUUUGUCCUAGCGUAGAACCUACAAACAUAGUAAACUCGAAGCAAAUAGUGAGUUCAUCUCUGACAAGAAAGGUCACGGUUGUCAACUUGUAAGCCGCUACAUAUAGUAGUAUAACGUUAGUUCAGAAUAAAAUAAUAAAACAAAUUUAUGUGCUAUAUGAACAAACCCUGUCAGUAUUAUUACCUGCCGACCACUCAGAUACUCAUUCUUCCGUGUUCAACCUAAAAGAAGAGAUCAAAGCAAUCCAAUUAAUUGAAAGCUUUAAAAGUCUAAAGUACAUUUAUGCAUAAGUAGUGCUAAAAAUUAAGUAUUAGAGUUUGUCCAAGAAUUAGAGGUAGUAUAAUUAAUCAACCUGUGACUAUUAACUACAGCAGUUCAAACAAGCAUACCACGUUCAUGAAAACCUGCCCAAACCUUUAAAUAAAUGAUGGAUGACGCUUCCGCUGAGACGUUUCUUUCGCAAGAAGUCGGCUCUAUGGAUUUUCGCCAAGAAGAUGACUCCCUGCAGGCUGCUGUUGGCACCGGUAGCUGGUGGUUGUCCGCAACCAUGUCUUCUCUGUUAAUGGAAGAGGACCCUUCGGACAACUUGGCCUCUGACACUUACUUCUCCACCAGUAAUUUUACAAACUCUUCUUCAAACAAUUUCACAGAGUUCUCUGAAAUGCCCAAAGAAAUGAGAGAAAUGUCUCAAAGUGCAAGGACGAGUGUGCUUAUCUACUCGAUAAUUUGGAUCAUUGCAUCCACUGGAAAUCUAACAGUGUUUGCCUCUUGCUACCGACAGUAUAAGAAGCACAAGAGUCGAAUCACUCUUCUAAUCCUUCACCUUUCUGUGGCAGAUCUCAUUGUGACUUUCUGCCUGAUUCCAAUAGAGAUUGCUUGGCGUAUGACUAUUCAGUGGUAUGGGGGCAAUAUACUGUGCAAACUCUGUCAAUUCAUGCGAGCAUUCGGACUUUAUCUCAGCUCCAUGGUUUUGAUCUGUGUAAGCUUUGAUAGAUUUUUCUCCAUCCUAUUUCCACUCAAAUUUGCAGGUGGGAAGCACAGGGUCAAGGUCAUGCUGGGAUUGGCAUGGGUCGCAUCUGUGAUAUUUUCUCUGCCACAGGCUAUCUUCUUCAGUGUAGAAACUCAUCCAAAAUUCAUAACAUUCCGGCAGUGCGUCACUUCAUCAUUCCUCUCUUCCCCUGAGGACGUCCGAAUGUACUCCAUUUUCUCCGUGUCUGCCAUGUACUUUGUCCCCUUGCUCGUGAUAAUCUUUACAUACACGGCGAUCCUGUUGAAAAUUAUACGAAAAUCGAGGCAACAACAAAGUAACAAUGCACUUUCCCACCCAAUCUCGACCUCAGCAACACCUCCGAUAAACAACAGCAACCCAGCCAGCAAUGCUCUGCGACGAGUAAACUCAGCUUCAGCGUCUCAUUCCAUGUCAGCAAGCACAUCACUUCCGAUUAAUCCCAAUCUGAGAGUUAAUCCGAAUGGUGGCAAUGCAAGCAGAGAUUCAAUUGGGACGUUUACACCAUCGCCCAGCUCCAAGGUUGCUACUGCACUGCGUUUCAACUUUAGCCAAUCUUCUAUUGAAAGAACACAGAAUCGGAGUGCAAGUGUUCGAUGGAGCCGUGGAACCUUCUUAAAAGUCCCUGGAGAGGACGAUUGCCAGAAUACUGGAUGUGCAUGUGUUGCUGACAAUAGUACAUCCAACCCUAACAACCAAUGUCACUGCCAACUUAAAGGACAGAACGAUAUUGACGAAUCUCUGGAUGACUCCUCAACUUCAAUAUCGAUGAACCCACUGACCCCAAUCAGUGUUCCUAUGGCAAGCACUAAUAACGAACAGCUAUCGAGGACCAUGUCGAUGCGAAGUAAUGGGAAGACGCAGCUCAUUCUGAGGAUGAGCAGUAAUGCCACAUCAAAUAUUACCAGGGCCAAGAGCCGGACCUUGAGAUUGACAAUCGUCAUCCUUCUGGUAUUCAUCCUAUGUUGGACCCCGUACGUCGUGAUGACACUAUGGUACUGCUUUGAUUGGGCAACGGCACAGAGGGUCGACCAACGCAUUCAAGAUGCCCUGUUUAUGAUGGCAGUUGCAAAUUCUUCUGUAAAUCCUCUGGUCUAUGGCAGCUUUAGAAAAAAUUGCUGCGGUUUGACGAAAAGAAUGAAACGAAAUAAAUCGCGAAAGGAUGUCCGGCCCAGCACGAUCAAGGAAGCAUUGGAGUCACAAGCGUCCAACAACUGAGGUGAAAACGGUCAUUGUCUGAAAGCUAAUAUUAAUAAUUCCACUCGAAGAAAAUGAUGAAUUAUCUAUUAAGAUUAACUAAGGGUAUACUGGACAUUAGCAAAAAACUAUUUUGUAUGGUCCAAUGUUAAAGAUUAAAUUUUAUUGAGGUCAAUAUUUAUUAUUGUUACACCGUGCAAGAUAGUUUUCUUAAAACUCAACAUACUCUUAUGGUAGAAUAUUAUGUGGAAUGUUACAUAAAUGCAUGCUCAAAUCAGGGCAUUUUCCACAAUUUUUCAAUAAUGUACAUAUAUUUCACCAUGUAAUAAAAUUUGUAUUAAAGGACCGUAUGCUCUAUUGUGAAAUGGAAAACAUUACAGAAAUGAGAAAUAUAACAUUUUGUGGUAUUCAACUGAUGAUAAACUACAAAAUUAAAUAUUUUAUGUGAUAUUGAAACGAAUUUUAUCUGUGCAUAAAAAUAUACAUUUUCAUGUCUAAACAGUAUUGUGGAUGUUGAUCAAGUGUUACCAAAUAAGUGUAUGCAUACAUCUAUAUAUCUAUUCAGUAGCUGCUUAAAGACUUAUAAAUUGAGUGUUAUACACACAAAAAUGUUUUACCUUAGAAUUAUUAAAAUAAUUACGACACCAUGUAUUGAGUUGUGCAUUUAUCAAUAUCAUAUUACUGUUUAUUUUUUAAUGUUCUCUCAUCCGAAAUAUUUAACUUAUGUAAGACAUGUAUAAGUAAAUUACUAUAAAUAUAUAUAUGAACGUACAAGUAUGUACUACCACAAGUAUUUAUCUAAAUGUAUUAUUUUCCAAACUCAAUUGCAAUAUUUGCUACAAAUAAUUUUAAAUAUGUAUUUCCCUAACUAUUUAAAUGUAAUAAAACGCCAAAAAAAUCCCAGUAUAUUUGUCCAAAAAA